AUGGCAGCAGGUUCCUUCCGGAGGAGCAUUGCUUCCCAGCUUUCAAAAGUUUUGGAUCUGCCACCAGAGAAUUUAAUAAAGUCCAUAUCUGCAGUUCCUGUCUCCAAAAAACGGCAUGUUGCUGAUUUCCAGCUCUCCAUUGCUUCUGUAAUAGAAAACAGUUCUAGUGAUUGCUUAGAACAUCUUCAAGCUCAGCAGCUUGCUGAAAGGCUAAAAUGUGAUUCAGUGGUGAGUGAAAUCAGCACUGGUCCAGGAACAGUGAAUUUUACAAUAAACAGGGAAUUAUUAGCAAAGACUGUGCUGCAGCAGGUGUGGAAAGAUGGCUCAGAGUAUGGAAUAAAAAGUGAACUUUUCUCUACAGUUCCCAGACAAAAGGCGGUGAUUGAGUUCAGCUCCCCUAAUAUUGCCAAAAAGUUUCACAUAGGACACCUGCGUUCCACCAUAGUAGGGAAUUUUAUAGCAAAUCUCAAAGCUGCACUGGGACAUGAAGUAGUAAGAAUAAAUUACCUUGGUGACUGGGGCAUGCAGUUUGGCUUAUUGGGUGUUGGUUUCCAAUCCUUUGGCAACAAAGAAAAACUAAAAUCCAGUCCUUUGCAGCACCUUUUUGAGGUGUAUGUGCAGAUUAACAAAGCAGCAGAAGAUGAAAACACAAAAAAGCUGGCUAAGGAUUUCUUUAGAAAACUCGAGGACCAUGAUGAGCAGACAUUGUCAAUUUGGAAGCAAUUUAGAGACCUCAGUAUUGAGGAAUACAUCCGGAUUUAUAAGCGUCUAGGAGUGCAUUUUGAUGAAUAUUCUGGAGAAUCAUUUUACCAAGAGAAGGCCCAGGAGGUUCUGAAGAUGCUGGAAGAUAAAGGACUCCUUCAGAAAACAAUAAAAGGGACAGGAGUUGUGGAUCUCUCGGAGAAGAAAGACCUCUCAACAGUUUCCACUGUCAUGCGCAGUGAUGGGACAUCUCUUUAUAUAACAAGAGAUCUUGCAGCUGCUAUAGACAGAAUGAAUAAGCACAGCUGGGAUACCAUGAUUUAUGUGACAGAUAAAAGCCAAAGUAAUCACUUUCAACAUUUAUUCCAAAUACUGAAGCUCAUGGGCUAUGACUGGGCAGAAAGGUGCCAGCAUGUGUCUUUUGGUCUAGUUCAAGGCAUGAAGACUCGGAGAGGAGAAGUAAUUUUUCUGGAAGAUGUUUUAAACGAAGUUCGCUCAAGGAUGUUACAAAACAUGACUUCCACAAAAACAACCAAAGAGGUCCAGGAUCCAGUGGAGACAGCAGAGAAGGUUGGUCUUGCAGCACUCAUAAUUCAGGACUUCCGGGGCCUCCUGUCAUCUGAUUACCAGUUUAGCUGGGAUCGAGCUCUCCAGAGUCGGGGAGAUACAGGAGUGUUCUUGCAGUACACCCAUGCCAGACUCCAUAGUUUAGAACAGAUGCAUGGGAAUGCACAGCUAACUGAUGUAAACGUGGCGUGCUUGCAAGAGCCAGAUGCCAUCUCUGUUCUUCAGCAUCUUCUCAGGUAUGAUGAGGUCCUGUAUAGAUCUUCUCAGGAUCUGCAACCCAAGCACAUUGUCAGCUACCUCCUCACACUGAGCCACCUGGCAGCCGUGGCACACAAAACCCUUCCCGUGAAAGGCAGCACCCCCGACGUGGCACAGGCACGGCUCUGUCUCUUCCAUGCUGCACGCUCCGUUCUAGCCAAUGGAAUGAAACUUCUUGGCAUUACACCCGUAACUGAAAUGUAACAAGGCCGUAUCCAAUGUCAAGUGAUUUUGUAAAAAUUACUCAGUAAAGACUUGUAAAAAUUACUCAGUAAAGACUUGUAAAAAUUUUGAAAAAAUCACUUAGUAAAGUGAUUUUUUUUCCACAAUAAUAAGAAUCUUGUCACUGCUACUGCAGGCUGGAAACUCCAUCUGCACUGGGAGCUUUGUGUUCUCCAUCCUACCAAGCUGCCGCAGAGCAGCUGUGGGACAGCCACAUUUGCCAUUUGCAGUGGGCAAGGCUAUCAUAAUCACUUUCUUCAGGCAUUUGGUGGCAGCAGAGUGCUUAACACUCUACCUGGAAUUUCCCAUAAAAGAGAACUGCUGUGUAUUUGCCAUGUAAAUACCACAUCCUUGUGGUAGAGGAAGUGGUACUAACUGUGCUUCCCUAAGCAAAGUUCUCCACUCCUCCUUGCCACUGUGAAGCAAGGCCUUAUGGCACAGUGGCUCCUGGUGCUGUCUCCUGUAAUAAACAGAGUUACUCAGACCCUGCAGAGACCUUUUCCUGAGUGUUGUGCUGCAUUUCCCCUUCAGAACCCUCAGCCAAGCCCAACUGCCAGCAGUCACACCCUGCUCCUCAGCCCUUCCUCUGUGCCACUGACGUGAUGGCUGGUGAGAAGAGACUGCUGCCCAGCUGGUGGAAGAGGAAGAACAGUGUUCCCUCAGCACUGUGCGCACAGGCAGACGUGGCAGGUGCUGCUUGGCACCCCUGAGCCUCACACUGCUGUAGAGAGAUGGAGCAGCACCUCUCAGGUCCUGCAGGUGCCUGGCAAUACCUUCCACCAUGGAAGCCUCAACUCCCAAGAGCAGCACUGUGGUGGAAGAGUUGGUGAAACGCAGAGGGGAUCAUCCUCUCCCACUGGAAGAGAACUUAGGCAUAUUUGUUACUGCUGUGUUUAACGUGCCCCACUUUCAAGUAAAUCCUAGCUGCUUAAUUCAUGUCCAAAGAAAUGUAGCCAAGAGUAUGAAAUUGGUCACAUUUCAACUCCACUGUGAAUGUCAACAAGUUGCCCAAAUGCACCAGGGUCUGUUUUCCCUUAAUGUAGAAUUGAAAUAUCUGGAAGGCCUCAGAAGAAAUUACAGUUGGCACUAAUAAAGGUGAACAUUAUUACAGGAACCCUUUUCAAGCAUCUGUAUGCACAGAGGGGUUGAUAGAGAAAAGAUCUUGUAGA